AAACCUAAAUAAAACUCAUAAUUUUCUAUACUAGACAUGGAAGACGACGAAGAAUCACAAAAACUCGUGCAUGCAAAUAUAGAAAUAGCGGCGAAACUUGAGCUAACAGUGGACGAAGUAGUCGAAAACUACGUCGGAUCAUUAGGAUUGUCGCAGUUAAUACAUGUGUUUCUCGUGUCAUUGGCUUGGAUUUUCGAUUCACAGAACACAUUAGUUACUAUUUUUAGCGACGCUCAGCCUCCUGCUUGGAGAUGCAAGUCGUCGCCUUUUCAUUCCCAUGCAAAUAACACGACGGCGGUUUUGUGCGGCGAAGGGAAUAAUUUAGCGGUCUCUGUUUGUGAGCUGCCGCCGGGGACAUGGGAGUGGGUCGGUGGAAAUACAAGUUCGACCAUAGCUGAGUGGGGUCUUAUUUGUGAUCGGAGGUUCCUCGCCGGCGUACCGGCUUCCGUCUUCUUUCUCGGUUCUCUUUUGGGUUCAGCUUUUUUCGGGUUCCUAGCAGAUAAAUACAUAGGUAGAAAAAAAGCAGUGCUUCUCUCAUGCAUUUUAACCUCAACCACAGCUUUUUUAACCUCACUUUCACCAAACAUAUGGACAUAUGCACUUGCUCGAUUUGCCAAUGGUUUCGCUCGAUCCGGCAUUGGAAUCUGCUGUCUUGUUCUCUCUACUGAAGCUGUCGGUAAAAAAUGGCGUGGCCAAGUUGGUCAAUUCGGUUUCUUCCUCUUCACGGCAGGUUUUCUUUCCCUUCCAUUGAUUGCUUAUCCCACAAGAAGUAACUGGAGAGAUUUGUACAAACUCAUGUCGGUUUUCCCUCUUGUUUAUUCUCUCGUUUUUCUCCCUUUUGUUUCGGAAUCUCCUCGUUGGCUUCUCGUGAAGGGUCGAACCAAAGAAGCUCUUGAUAUACUGAACAGAUUUGCAAGAGUUAAUGGCAAGAAUCUACCACCCAAUUUAACUCUUGCAAAUCCGUCACCACCACAAAAAUCUGGCAGUAAUGGCGGGGCGACGGGAAAUGAAGGCUUGUGGAGCAAUCCAUGGGCGGCUAAGCGAAUGAUGAUGGUUAUGCUGACGGGUUUUGGAGUUGGAUUUGUUUACUACGGUGUUCAGUUGAAUGUCGAAAACCUAAACUUCAAUCUCUACUUCACUGUUGCAGUUAAUGCUUUAAUGGAGAUCCCGGCAGUUCUUAUUGGUACUAUAUUGUUAGGGUUCACAGACCGUCGUUUGCUUUUCUCGCGGUCGGCUUUCAUAGCCGGAGUUUCUUGCAUUCUCUGCAUCGCCUUCUCGCAGUCCGCAAAGCGGUCCAGUUGGCCUCAGUUGAUCAUUGAAGGUAUUGGUUUCAUGGCGGCUUCAAUGGCGUUUGACGUUUUAUACAUUUACGCGGUGGAGCUUUUCCCUACGAAUGUUAGAAACUUUGCAGUUUCAAUGUUGCGGCAGUCACUGAUGCUGGGAGCUUCAAUAGCACCUCUUUUAGUUGUUGUUGGCCGUUGGAGUCCAUCGCUUUCAUUCCUAGUGUUUGGUUUACUUUCUAUCACGAGCGGAAUUUUGAGUCUAUGGCUACCAGAGACUAGAAAUGCUCCACUUUAUGAAACUCUAAAGCAACAACAACAAGAAGAGGACAAACAGAGAUGUGAACCAGAUGAUUCAGAUAUCUGGAGCUUAUAAAUUACAUAAACAUAUGCUUACUUGAGCUUGUAUAGGACCUUUCAUGGUGUUUUAAACCUUUUCAUCUUGUUUUGUAAUGCUUUUGUAAAAAUGUUGAACUUCUCCAAGGUUAAAAGAAAUGUAAUUUUAUAGAUCUUAAAUGUUUCCCUAUCUAAUGCAAACAGCGGUAAAUUUGGAUUUA